UUUGGUCUCUGGCCUAGGCUGGCCUCAAACUCUUGAAUUCGCGGCAGUCCCGCCUCAGCCUGGGAUCACAGGCCUCUGGCUUCAGGAACAAAAAAAGCACGGCUCUGAACUCACCUGGGUUUCCGAUUUGUGUAUUCUUUUCCGAAUUAGAUUGGUAAACAUCACGUCAAGUCCUGGCUCACAAGAUACCAUGGAGGCCUGACUGAGGCUACAGCUUUUGGUCCUCCCCGGAAUUUCCUGAGGAAAUGAUUGCAUCCUUUCUCUGGCAACACCGAAAUAUCUGUGCAUUAUCACUGCGUCCCAAGGAAUGUGUUUUUGAUCUUCUGAAUUCCAACCAUGUUGUCAAACUGCUUACUAAAAUUUCUAAAAGGCACAAGCUCUCAUCCAUAUCCAGCGUCAUGCUGCUGGUUAAUAAGCAAACGCAAGUUUUCUGGAACUACACCAGCAGCCGUGUCUCUCAGGCGAGUUGUCAUCACAGGCAUCGGACUAGUGACACCACUAGGUGUUGGGACUCAACUAGUUUGGGGUCGGCUUCUCCGAGGAGAAAGUGGAGUUGUUUCUGUAGUUGGUGAUGAGUACAAGAGUAUUCCUUGCAGUGUAGCUGCUUAUGUGCCAAGAGGUGCUGCUGAAGGUCAGUUCAAUGAACAAAACUUUGUGUCCAAAUCAGACACCAAGUCCAUGUCAUCUCCCACCAUCAUGGCCAUCGGGGCAGCAGAGUUGGCACUGAAAGACUCCGGCUGGCAUCCGAAGUUAGAAGCAGAUCGGGUGGCUACUGGCGUUGCCAUUGGCAUGGGCAUGGUUCCUCUUGAAGUUGUUUCUGAAACUGCUUUGAUGUUUCAGACCAAAGGUUACAAUAGAGUCAGCCCAUUCUUUGUCCCUAAGAUUCUGAUCAAUAUGGCUGCAGGCCAGGUCAGCAUUCGCUAUAAACUCAAGGGCCCCAAUCACUCAGUGUCCACAGCCUGCACAACAGGAGCACAUGCUGUGGGCGACUCUUUUAGAUUUAUAGCCCAUGGUGAUGCAGAUGUGAUGGUGGCUGGGGGCACAGAUUCUUGCAUUAGUCCAUUAUCUCUUGCUGGGUUUUCCAGAGCCCGCGCUCUGAGCACAAACCCAGAUCCUAAGCUGGCCUGCCGACCGUUUCAUCCAGAGAGAGAUGGUUUUGUCAUGGGCGAGGGUGCUGCUGUGCUGGUGUUAGAAGAACAUGAACAUGCUGUUCAGAGAGGAGCCCGGAUAUAUGCGGAAGUUCUGGGCUAUGGACUCUCGGGUGAUGCUGGUCACAUAACUGCCCCCGAUUCUGAAGGAGAAGGUGCCUUCAGAUGCAUGGCCGCUGCUGUGAAAAAUGCAGGUGUGUUGCCUGAACAGAUAUCCUAUGUCAACGCACAUGCCACCUCCACACCACUGGGUGAUGCUGCAGAAAACAGGGCCAUUAAGAGGCUCUUUGGAGAUCACGCUGGUGCCCUUGCUAUAUCUUCCACAAAAGCAGCCACCGGGCAUCUGUUGGGGGCUGCAGGGGCGGUUGAGGCAGCUUUUACCGCACUGGCUUGUUACCAUCAAAAACUACCACCGACUUUAAACCUGGAUUGUACAGAGCCAGAAUUUGAUCUCAAUUAUGUUCCACUGGAGGCGCAGGAAUGGAAAACUGAGGGUCGACGUAUUGGACUCACCAAUUCCUUUGGGUUUGGUGGUACUAAUGCAACACUUUGUCUUGCUGGCAUGUGAACAUUGGCUUUUAACUCUCAUAAAUGUAUAUAUAAUAAUGUGCAUACAUAUGUUUAAUAUCAAUACCCAGAUGUCUUUAACACAACUGGUGUUUGUAGUAGAGUAGUUCUUGCUAGGGAAGGGGCUGCCCAGAGCUCUAUGGGUAUUUUACAGCAUCUUGGUGUCUCCUGUAAGAUUUCAGGGGCAACUAGUAACAACCAGAUUUGUCUUUGGACAUGUCCUUAUGUUUUCUGGGGGCUAAAAUAACCUGCACCCAAGAAUUAUUAAUUUGUAUUUCCCUAAUGCUCUGAAUCAAAUAGCUUUUGGUGCUAUUUUUUUCUCCUCCUGUCCUCUUCAGACAUUUAUUUAGAGAGUAGCUCCUCCAAGCAAGGCAGUGCUGUUGCAUGUUGUAACUCCGGGGCACCGUUUUUGUUCUGCAUGUAGGAAAAGAUGAUACAAGUGGGAGUGUGUGUCAUUAGUCAGCAUCCUUUGAGGACAGCUGUGACCACUGAUGACCUAUUCACCAAUCUAGGUGUCGUUAAUGGAAUUUCCCCGAACUCUCAAGUGUUCACUUCUCAGGAGGAAGUGAAACUGUUUGACACUUCUUCUGGGUGUAUUUGUGCUGUGAAGAAUAGACAAAAAGAUCCUUUGCAAAGAGACUCUUGGUAAAUUAGGCCCCCUUCCCUCAGUCUACCUCUUUGUGCCUGUGGCAGUAUUCUGGCAGCUUCCUAUUCUAAGAACCAGUGGGCCCUCUACUUCCUGGGUUGGGAAUUUCUUUAAAGCCAGAGGAGCAAGUUUCCUGGAGGUGACAAUAAGCCAGGGAAGCAUUUGUGGGUGGGGCUUUUACUUCAGAGCAAGUGCUCCAUUUCCAUGCAGACCCUCAGGUCCGCAGUGAUAGGGAGCUUCGUUCAGGCACUCACAGCAUUCCCCACCCAGGGACACCUUAAGGGCCUCUCUGUCCCUGUUCAGCUUUCCCUGCUUUUGUCCCUGCCCCAUGAGCCAUCCCCAAACAAACUGCCUUCUCUUGGACUCUACUUUCUCAGUAGCUCACAAUGAGACAGAGUAAAAAUGAGGAAAAAAGGUUGUAUGUCUUUCGGCAGAAAUGAGUAACAUUCCCACAUUUUACUUAAAACUUUUUGUUCUUGUUUUAUUUUUUUUAAAGAUUUUUAAAUAACACAUAUGAAUGUUUUCCCUGUACAUAUAUGUAUGUACCUCAUGUGUGAGUCUGGGGCACAGGGAGGCCAGAACAAGGCAUCAGAUGGCCUGGAACUUCAGUUAUAGAUGGUUGUGAAUCAUCACGUGGGUGCUUAGAACCAAACCUGGGUCCUCUGCCAGAGCAACAAGUCUCUUAACUGCUGAGCCAUCUCUCCAGCCCCUUGUCCUUGGUUCUUAAAAUCUGUAUGUGUGUUGGUUGGGGGCAUGUCUUUGGGUGCAUGUGCCAAAAUGGUGGUCCGAGGACAACUCUGGAGUUGGUUUUCUCCUCCCACUGUUAUAUGAGUUCCAGGGGUGGAACUCAGGUCUUUGGGCGUAUAUUGCAAGCACCUUUAUCUGCUGGGCCAAUUAAGGAGCCCAGUUUUUCAAUGAAAAAAAAAAAAAAGAAAGAAAGAAAAUAGGGUCUCACUUUGUAGCACAAGCUGCCCCCAGAUUUUCUGUGUAUCUCAGGCUGCCCUCAAACUUGUCAUGAAGAACAAGCAGGCUGCAAAUUCCCUAGUGCAAGCAUUAUAAGUUUGUGGCACCACACAUGGAUUAGUUUUAGUAGGCUAAAACUACAUUGACUCUAACUAUGGUUCUCAAUCCUCUAAUGCUCAAACACUAAUCAGUAUUAAUUUCUGUUAACGUGUUUGCUCAGCUGAGAACUUAAUGGGUGCCCUGCAUUGUCACCUGUAAACAAGUAUGCACUAGAGAAGUUCCAAAGCAGGGCUGAAUACGUAAGUCAACAAAUCUCAGGUUAAGGGGGAAAAUGAGGAAGGAAGGGUGUUCCACCCUGAGAGGAUUCAAUGUAGAAAGUUCUAGAAGUUAGAACACUUAUACUAAACAAACCCAGUAUACUCUGAGGUGGGAGGUUGGGAGAUGUCAGAAGACCUGUUAGAUGCUGGGUCACAGAGAACUCAGCAAGUUAUAAGGAAGGGAGGGUAAUAAGCCAUUUAAGUUUUGAAAUGGCAGGGUGGCUUUGUAAUGUGUCCAUUUGGCUGGGUUGAACUGUUUCCCAGCAUUCACUUUUUGCUUAGGAUUAGUUUUAAGAGAUUUUUUUUUAUGAAUGAUAUGAAAGAUGUUAUUGAAUCUUAAUGUGAGUCAGUGGGUGAGCCUGCAACUCUUCCUGUGAGUCCUGAAUCGUUUCCAACUCCUGCAAAGGUAUGCUUUUGGCUUCAUGACACUAGCUUCUGCCCAUGCCAUCAAAAUAAAGAACAGGAACUUG